AUGUCGACGACAGGCACAGCGGAGAGACUUGAUGCCGCCAUCGCCGAGUUCUUUUCUACUUGGGAUGGUUACACGACGCUCCUGGUCGUGGUGGUGGCCGCCCUUCUGAUCUAUCCUCUGCUGACGAGUCGAGAGCCGGACACUCAUCCGUUCCUUCUCGCGCGACAAUCGCAGAUAGCACCGAUUCGCCACCCUGGCGAGUCGGCCGUUUACAGAGCCAUUGACAUUCCACAUGGCUACCCGCUCCGAGCUGGCCUAGGUGUGAAGGAUCCGGGAGCACCGAGAUGGAGUUCAGGCAGGCCCGGAGAUCUUCGCGACGUCUGGAGAACUGCUGCCCGUGGUGUGGCCCAGGAAGAUGGCACUCCAACGGGCGAAAAGGGCAAGAUCUUGACCGUGCUGGGCCGUGAGAAGGUCAUUCAGCAUCAAUUCGACGAGCUGACCCUCGGGAUCAAUGUCAUCGGUCAGUAUGUCAAGCGAAACAAUGGUCAAAAUGUCGCUGUGUGCCUUUCGAACUCGGCAGAAAUGCUCUCUGCCAUCUUUGCUGGAUCUUUCUACGGCUUCUCGACCAUCUUGCUUCCCUACGGUCUCCCGCCAGACAAGCUCAACUCUCUUCUGGCCAAGACCUCAGCAGACCAUGUGAUCGCAGAAGCCGGUACACUCGAUCUCAACAGCCUACAUUCAGCAAACAAAGCCCUUACGAAUGUUAUCUGGGUUGCGAAAGCAGGUAACGAGCACAUGGCGUGGUCCGAUGAUACCCCAAGUGGCUUCACCGUGAAUUCGUGGCACGAUUUGGUCGAGAAGAACAAGCGCACCGCCACGUCGGAAGUUUUACCCCUGGACAAAGACUCUCAGGUCCCACCGGUGUCUAUCUUCUGCCCAGGAGCUAAUGGGACUUAUGAUUUGGUGAAGUAUACCUCCGAGAAUCUGAUCUCGGGAACUGCCGCGCUUCAGGCGACACUCGUGCGAGCCUACAAGUUGACGCCAAGUGAUACCCUCCUUCCAACUACAAGCCUCACCGACAGUUACACGCUAUGCUGGACUUUUGCGGCACUCUAUUCCAAUGCUUCAGUGGCCUUGAAUUCUGUCGCCGGCGAAUCUGUCGAUCUGCUCAACGCCACAGCAAUCAGCCAGCCCACCGUGGUGAUUGCCGGUCCGACCACCAUUCAAAAGUAUCUCUCAAGUCCUGGCACGAAUCUUCCCUCAGGCUUGUCGAAGUGGGUAUCGACUAGAAGCCUCCAAGCAGGAACCAUGCCAUCAGAUCCCAGCGGGCCCCUUACCCUGUCGAAACUGAGAGUCUUGUUGAUUCCACAAUCCGCUUCGUCACCACCGAAGACGCGUCUAACUUCAUCGGCACUGCAUACGUUGCGCACGCAUCUGCACGCUCGAGUUGGCUACGCAUUGACCGCGCCCUUCGUGGCUGGGGCCAUCGCGCAGACAAACAUCCUCGACUAUCGCGACAAGGGCAAGCAGGUCUGCGUAGGCGCCCCAUUGAGCUCAGUCGAGUUCAGCCUCGCCGGAGAUGAGGACGUGAUGGGAAGUCAUACUCCGAAGGGAAUGCUCAAUAUUAGGGGACCCGCGGUCGUGGGCGGAAAGAUCAGCCUCGAUAUCAUGGGCCAAAUAGACGAUGACCACACAUUACUGCUGCUAUGA